CCUUUUACAGUUUUACCACAGAAAACGAAGAGAGUUUUCUGUUUUAUAACACCACUGAAACUUGCUGUUGCUUCAGACCUUUCUCUCCGCUCCGCCUCUCUCCCCUUCGCUCCCCGACCGCCGACUUCCUAACGGUUCGCCGCCGUCCUUUCUCACAGUGUUUUCUGUCAGAACGUACGCCUGAGUCCUUUUUUCCUCCCUUGCUGCGGAAGUUUCUGUGAUCUGCGUCGGCUUCAUCCUCCGCCGCUUCAAUCCGGCGGUUACUCCCUCAUUUUCCUGCUUGCGGUGUAUUUUCUUCGUCCUGUUUACUACUCCGCAGUCGAGACGCCGUUAGAAAGGUCUACAAGAUGCUAGGAUCAUUUCUUACUAGAGGACUUGUAUUGGUUUUUGGCUACGCCUAUCCAGCAUACGAGUGCUAUAAAACUGUUGAAUUGAAUAAACCAGAGAUUGAGCAGCUUCGUUUCUGGUGCCAGUAUUGGAUUCUGGUUGCCGUUUUGACUGUUAGCGAGAGAAUCGGUGAUGCUUUUAUUUCAUGGGUUCCAAUGUACAGCGAGGCGAAGUUGGCAUUCUUUAUAUACUUGUGGUACCCCAAAACCAAGGGAACUACGUAUGUGUAUGACUCUUUCUUCAGACCAUACGUUGCUAAACAUGAGAAUGAAAUUGACCGCAACUUGCUGGAGCUAAGGACAAGGGCUGGAGACAUGGCAAUAUUGUACUGGCAAAGAGCUGCUAGCUAUGGUCAGACAAGAGUCUUCGACAUUUUGCAGUAUGUUUCUGCUCAAUCAAUCCCAAGGCCUCGGCCAGUUCAGGUACCAUCUCCAGGAACAGAUCAUAUCGUAGUUUUAAUCAAAUGAUGUCAGUUCUAUUGCAUUUAACAUUUUUGUGUGUUCAUUGAGAAUCAAAUUGCUCAUUGUUGUUGGAUGAUCAGAUCUUGUUUGAUUUAGAAGAUGAGCUGCUAAAGAGUUGGCAUAAAAGUAAUUAGCGCACCGCAUUUGUGAUCUAUCGGGUUAUGAGUGAUUUCUUAGAGACUAGAUAAUUCAUCGUCCCUAGUGUUUGUUUGAUGGGUUACCCAUGUAACUCUAGAUGAUUACAAUUGUGUAUGCAGGGGUGGGAGAAUGAUAUUUGGGUUAACCAUAGUGCUAUUUGAGCGUACAAUUGUUGCUAGCAAAGCGCUCUGUGAACCUUAUGGAAUACUACUAAUUGUCUAAUUGUAUUCAGCAGCAACAAGGUCCCAGGGCUCGUUCAGCGUCUAAUCCACCAAUCCGUCGUCAGCCAGCAGGGUCAAAACCAGAACCGGAGGAGCCCCCAUCUCCCACUUCCAGCACAUCAUCGACUCAGCACCAAACGGAACUAGCCACAGCUGAGGAGGCAGUGAGUUCUAAAUCCCCUCAAGCCACCAUUCCUCCAUCGGUAGCUCCAAAUCAACCAAGAGCCCCUUAUCCAGCAAAAGCUCCCAACGCCCCGACGAGAUCACUCUCCGCUCCAUCCGAGCCACAGCCAAACCCAUCUGCACCGGAAGCAAUGCAGAUCGAAUCCGCUGCAGCACCUCCGUCUAAUGAUCCCGCUGCUGCCGCUGCCCCAAAGGAGACGGUCAUCGAAGAAGCCAUCCGUCUUACUCGUGGAAGGUUAAGGAAAGCCAGAUCAGGAACCAAGUGAAGAAAGGAAAACAAAGAAAACAGUUUGUUCUUCGGGUGUAAAUUUGCCAUGUCUCUCUUUAGUUUCUUCAUUCCAUUUGUUGCUUUAUUGUUUCAAACACUUCGAAAUGCCAAAAAAAAAAGAAAGUAAAAAGGGAACAUUUCGGAGGAAGGAACAUGUAAUGAGGACGCGAAUUUCAUCCUGUUGUCUAAAGAUUGGGAAAAAAAAGAUCGGGUUCUCAUAGUGGGAUCUGGAAUUGCUGACUGAGCUUAGAAUGUGUAUAUAAUAAAUAAGCGUUUGGUAAAGAGAUUAAUCAGGUAUUCUACUAUUGGAUUGGU